AUGGGCAAGCUUGGUCCUCUGUGGUCUUUCUUGGUCUUUGUUUUCAUAUUUACUCAGAAGGCAAGAGUUAAUGGAAGUACUAACUCGGCAGGAAAUGACAACGUUAUGGGCGUUAUAGGCGCAAUUGUAGAUAAUAGUUCUCGUAUUGGUAAAGAAGAAAGUGUAGCAAUAAAGAUGGCACUGGAAGAUUUCUAUGUUAAGUUCAACCAAAGUUUGGUUCUGCACAUAAGGGACUCUCAAAGGCAGCCCAUUCAGGCAGCUCUUGAAGCUAAGGAUCUCAUAAACACGCAACAAGUGCAAGCCAUUUUAGGACCGCAAACAUGGGAAGAGACAUCAUUAGUCGCUGACAUUGGAAGCGAAACUGGCACCCCAAUUCUUUCUUUUGCUGAUACGACUCCAAAAUGGGCACCAGAGAGGUGGCCUUUCCUGUUGCAAGCAUCGCCUAACGAAUUUAAGCAAAUGAAAGCUGUGGCAGCUAUUGUUGAGUCCUGGGAAUGGCGGCGGGUCACUGUUAUAUAUGAAGAUAGAGAUUCUUCAGCCUUCAGGGUUUUACCUCAUCUCUCCAAUGCCCUGCGUGAAGUUGGUGCAGAAAUAAGCCAACUUGUAGCACUUCCACCUUUUGCUUCCUCUUCAUUGUCUAAAGAUCUCGAGAGGCUUAAAGAAGGGCAAUGCAGAGUCUUUGUGGUUCAUUUGUCAUUGAGUUUAACCGAGAGGCUAUUUGAAAUGGCAAAAAGAAAGAAAAUGAUGGAAAAGGAUUAUGUAUGGAUCACCACUGAUCCCAUUACAAGCCUUGUCCAUGCCAUGAAUGCCUCCACCAUCUCCAAUAUGCAAGGAAUUGUAGGAGUCAAAAGCUACUUUCGUGAAAAUGGAGGCUGCUUUCAAAAUUUCCAUCAUAGAUUUCGCAAAAGGUUUAGCUCAGAACAUCCUGAAGAGGAUAAUCAUGAGCCAGAUAUUUUUGCUUUAACAGCUUAUGAUGCUGCAUGGACAGUGGCAAUGGCAAUGAGGGAAAGCAAGAAAGUAUCACAUCUUUUGUUAGAAAAAGUUGUUCAUAGUGAUUUUCACGGCUUAGGUGGAAAGGUUGAAUUCAUUGACAAUAAAUUAGUCCCUGUAAAUAUAUUUCAGAUUGUCAACGUGAUGGGUAAGAGUUAUAGAGAACUUGGAUUCUGGUCAGAUGGACAAGGUUUUUCGGAGAAUCUCAAUGAAAAUGCUGCUUACAACUCUUCCAUGAGGGUUCUGGGACAAGUAUUUUGGCCAGGGGGACCUUGGUAUACUCCAAGUGGAUGGACUCUGCCAAUAAGGUCCAACCCACUGAGAAUUGGUGUACCUGUUGGAUCCCUUUUCAAAGAGUAUGUUAGUGUCAAAAAUGAUCAAUCUGAAAGCAAUAUAUCUUUUACUGGAUUUGCAAUUGAUGUCUUCAAAGAAACUUUAGAACAGCUGCCAUUCUAUUUACCAUACAAGUUCUUUCCCUUUAAUGGAACAUACAAUGAUUUAGUGGAGCAAAUUCAUUUGAAGAUUUUUGACGCUGUUGUUGGUGAUGUAACAAUAGUAGCCAGGCGAUAUCAGCAUGCAGAAUUCGCACACCCCUACACCGAGUCAGGACUGGUUAUGAUAGUUCCUGUUAUAUCUAAAACAUCCAAUAGAGCUUGGUUAUUCAUGAAGCCUUUCACAAUGGCCAUGUGGAUUUUGACAGCAGUAAUAAAUCUCUAUAACGGCUUUGUUAUAUGGUUGUUAGAGCGAAAUAAUUGCCCUGAACUGAAAGGCUCCGUGCUGAAUCAAAUGGGAAUGUUAAUUUGGUUGGCCCUCAACACACUCUUCUCUAUAAAUGGGGGAAGGUUACAUAGCAAUUUGUCACGGAUGACAAUGGUGGUGUGGUUGUUUGUAGCACUUAUCAUUAUGCAGACUUACACAGCAAACCUCACCAGCAUGCUUACUGUCCAGAACCUUGGACCUACUGUAACAGAUGUUGAGGCACUAAAAAGUAGCAAUGCUAUAAUUGGACAUUGUACCGGAUCCUUUCUGUCGAAAUAUUUGGUGGAUGUGUUACAUUUCAAUGCUAACAACAUCAAGAAUUUUACCUCAAUUGAAGCUUUUGCUCAAGCUCUCGAAACCCAAGAAAUAGCAGCUGCCUUUCUUGAAGUUCCUCUUGCCAAUUUAUUCCUAGCAAAAUACUGCAAGGGCUUCACUAUAGCUGGGCCAACAUACAAAGUUGGAGGGUUUGGAUUUGCUUUUCCAAAGGGUUCCCCAUUGGUUUCCAGCAUAACUGAAGCACUACUUAAGGUAUCUGAAAGCGGCCAGCUACGUGAAUUAGAGAACAUCAUGAUUGCAGCCGCUAAGUGUGAAGACGUAGAACCAGACAAAGAAACUCCUAGUCUUAGCCCCAACAGUUUUUUAGUACUCUUCAUAUUAUCUGGGGGCACAUCAACUGUUGCUCUUUUAGUCUACAUUUUUUGUUUGGAUAAAUCUAUGCUUCGUCGCAAAAUCAUGUGGAGGCUAAUGAAGGCUGCAAUGAGACACUGGAGGUGUCAAAAGCAACGAUUCUCGCGAAAAGUCAGCAAUGUUGCUGAGAGUGCAUGUAAUUCUCCUAACACAUUUGAUCCACAGAAUCGAGUAUAGAAAGCUUUAUGGCUAUAGGCAUUUAGAGAAAUUGAUCCGAAAGAAAUCUCUUUAUGUAAAUCAAAUGAAGUUCUAUGUUAAAUUUAGACAGAACAAAAUUAAGACUAUUGUACAA